AUGGCUACCCGAUCGUUGCGGCAGAGGUCGAGCCGCUAUUCGAGUCCAGCCACUUUCGGUGAAAAAGAGGCUGCACCAAAGCCCGCCGAGGAUAUCUCGUCAAGGAAUGGUCAACAGACGAGUCUGGACAAAUGGAUUGAGCCCGCUGUGCGACCUGCGGUCCCGAGCUUUGAAGACACAAGAGGUCUCGAGAGGGUUGGCGUGCUUGAGAACAUGCAGCCCCUGGGAACGGCGCCUUCUCAACGACUGCUCCAAAAGCUCAAAUUGAAUUAUGUGCGCCCCUCGCCACGACCAGCCCCAGCACAGGUGGACGAGGUUGUCACUCCUGUGGCAGAACCUGAAAAGGUGGACUCGGCAUCACCUUUAGAGGACGAGGCAGUGAUAGUGGCAGCAGCUGAGGCCGAGCAGCCUGAAAUAUUGUCCGAUAUCCCACUCAAUCCUCAACGGCCAUCUGAUUCAAUUGUCAUUUCCAGUCCCCCGCGUGGUCGGCCUCCUAGGAGGGAUGUUGCAGAGAUGCCUCAAGCGGCCACCGUUUCGCCGUCCCCCAUGACAUUAUCAUUUACCCCUACCUCCCAUGUUUCGCCCAAACCACUAUCAAUUCAGCAGCAACUACGACAAGACCGACUUUGCACCCAUGUCAACCGGGCUGUUCAGGAAGCGCACCAGAAGAACACGCCAGACCUGGCACAUGGGCUACAGAAAAUCCGUGACGAUGCUCAGCUGAAUCCGGAAUUGUGGAAUGUGUUGGAGGCUUUGAUCAACAAGUCUCCUAGCUCUGAGCAGUUUAGAGUUUUCAAGCGCUACAUCAAAUCAGGCGUCAAGCAGCAUAGACGAGAGAGUCAAAUGUCUGCGAGUCCUUAUCAACCGUCGCCUCAAAUAUUCAACGACCUCACUUCCCCUGAUUACCGAGUACGCUCACCGAAGCCCGGCCACUCAUACGCCAACACGCCCUUGCAUUCCACAGAACGCCCUCCCAGAAUCAAUCUCUACUUCAACCUCCCGCGCGCUGCAGCUACUUAUGGCCUCGAAGAAGCGCCAGUCUCGCCGUCCACGAUUUCCCGGUCUGCUGGGAUCGUUGAGCCAAGUGGAAAAUCCAUCCACCACGCCGCCAAUUCGUCGCCGCAUAAGCGGAAAAGGUCAGGGAGCGUGUCGACACUAUCAUCGCUUUCGUCGGCUCCAUCAAUCCCAGAUGAAGUGCCGCCUCCCUGGGAGCCACAGGGAGAGGAGCCGGCUGGAGGUGAUCGAUCCAGAUCAGCUGGACAACGCCAAGCCACAAGCCAGGUGGCAGCUGGCAACCGACUCCGUUCAGCUGCCGGUGCCGCAACUCAACCCUCUCAUUCUGCUCCUAAACAGUCCUAUCCGGAGGUCGCGACUUCCUCCAAGACCAACUCCAACAAGAAGUUCAAGAAGUCGCGAGAAGAAACCGAGUUCGACAUUGAUGAACUUUCUAGGCGGAAGCGGGUUUAUCUGGAUGACAGCUUCCAUGAUUACAACACUAUUCCUCGGCCGGAGAGCAACGAACGAGAUCCGGUCAAUGGACAUCCAGUCGGAGCUGCAUCGCUCGACAACCCCCCUGCCCCUGUGAUUCAUCCAAACAGUUUGGUUGUGCCCAGCGUCGCAUUGACGUCUCCAGUGAGCGCUCAGGCGCCGCCUGACAAUAUCUUGGCCAACGGAACCGGUCGCAAGAGAAGAUAUGAUGAAGUGGACACGGAUGACCUCGAGGAUAUCACCCCCGAGUCGUCCUCUCCUGGCCCGCUGCUUGUACCACCUCCGCCGGGCGUGGCAAACGCUCACACACGGAGUGCGACCCCAAGAGCUACCAGACUCCAACCGGCACAGAAAACGCGCAAAUCUGCCCGGGUCAUGGUAUCGUAA